GGGGCGGAAUAUGGACGGUCCAAAGUCCAAGUACAUCAAAAUGUAACAAUUUAUAAAGAACGUCACCACUCACCAGCUACAAACUAACAAAAGUGAUGAAUGAUUGAAAAUGCCUUUUAAAGCUGGACAUUCUGAGAUCAUUGAGGCCAGUCAAAAAGAUGAUGAAUACAAAUCAUUCUUUAGAAAUUCUAUGGGUGAAUUCUUUAGAGACGUAACUGGUAGGCCACGUAUUUCAAUUGCAAAAUAUAUAUUUUUGUCAUGGUUUUUAUGUAGCAAAAUCAUAGUGCGUUAUACUGUAUGAGCAGUAAAUACUAAAUACUCCAAAAAAUGUGAUAUCUGAUCUGCUUGUAUCUCUCUAUAAAAAGGCCAGUGCAUGCUUCUACAACUUUAGAAAGAUGAAGGUUUCUGCAGAUUCCUGCUACUAAUGUGCUUUAUCUUAUAUUAAUUAUAUAACUGUUUCAAAAAAUAAUGACAUUUAUGGGUGAAUCACUAAAAAAUAAAACAGUGGUGUGGUUUAUCUUGUCCAAUACUUAGUAUAUGAUGAAAUUAUGAUCAGACAUGUGCAUACUCCAGAAAUGAAACCCUUGUCAACCCUAGUUACAGGUGAAGAACAAAUUCAGUGAUUCACUGACUGUGCCAUCAAAUGGCAACAUACCUCAUACUGAAAAUAACUGCAAGAUAAAACGAGAUCUACCUUGACUGCUGUCUUUGUAACAACAGAAACACAGUCUUGGAUCAAAUGGAAAGAAGAAAUUGGACUGUUUGCAGAUAUAAUUUACUUUGGCAUAACUACAUUAUCAGGUAUUGACUUUUGACCUCAAAAUAAUAUGUUCAUCUAAUAUGUUCAAUUCACAAUUUAUAUGGAAUGGAAUCUCUGGUACUUACCAAUAUUUACCAUAGUAUUUACCAUGACAGUUGCAACCAAACAAAGCUUAAUUACUCAAUAUCUUUUAUUAAGGUUACCAAACACUUGGAGAAGAGUAUUGCAGUUUAGUUCAAGUUGACAACACAGGACAGAAUAUUCCAACAAAAUGGGUAUUUCAAUAGUAGACUGGACUAUUUCAAUAGUAGAUGCAGGAAUCCACAAAUCAUUCUUUGGGGGGAGGGUAUGCCAACAAACCCCUGUCUGCCCUCACAGAUGGCAUUCUAGGCCUAGCAAUCCAAUGAAUUGUACUAACCUGAUGGCAGUACAAAUAUAUUCUUUAUUUUACAUUUUAGCAAAGAACUUUCAUGAUUCUCACACAAGUUGUCAUUCCUUAUGUAAGCAAGAAAUUUGUAAGACGACUUGAACAAACUUUGCAAUGUAGUACACUUGAUAGCCAGUCAAAAAUCAAGAAUACUAUUUUAGUUUUCAUGCCACUUCUAAAGCAGUUUAUAAAUGGUACGUAAUUAAUAUUCAGCUGUAUGUUGCUCACAGAAUUUGUACAAUUAAACUAAAUAUGCUUUUGCUAAUUUUAUUCUUUAGUCGUCCACAGAUUACAUUUAAUGGCAUUUUAUUUUUCAAGUGUUCAUUAUGAUAUUGCAAAAAGAAUGUCAGGAAUUCAAUAUGUAAGAAUAUUUAUUUUCUAAAAAUAGCAGAUUAUGUAUUGAAAAAAUUUACAAUAUUGAUGUAUGUUUUCAAAACCUAUAUGUGAAGCUUUUAUUUAGUCAAAAUGUAGAAGAAAGAAAAAUGCUUUCUUUAUUAGGAAUUUCUGUUUUGUAUACAGAGUCAUACAUCUCACAAAAAACCCAGAUGUACACAUUUGUACCUAUUUUUUCAAUUUUGUUUCAGGUUCUGGCUCGUGGUGUGGUGAGAAAUGAGUAUUAUAAUCCAACAUACAGAGUUCUAGGUUGGGUGACAUUAUUACAUCUUACCGUAUCUAUGGUUCAACUUGUACAACAGUCAAUACAAGUGAGUCAACAAUUUGACAACCAUCCCCUGUUACGGUUUACAAAACAUUAAUAUUAUAAUUGUCCCUGUACUUGUUAAAUAAAGAAUAUAAUAAGUAGUAGUAUCAACCAAUUCUUUAGGUAUUUCCCAAAAUCAAAGAUAUUGUACACAGCACUAGAGAACAAGACCUAAAUAGUUCAAAGCAUAGUGCCAUAACAGAAUUCAAAUGUACCCUGUGCUUAGAGAAAUUACAUGACAUGACAGCUACAGCGUGUGGUCAUCUAUUUUGUUGGUACUGUAUUAAUGAAUGGUGCAGAAACAAAGUAAGUAUUGUAGAUAGGUAGAAAGAUGAUGCAGCCUACAAGCAGUGAAUGCAUGGCAAUUUGAGGAAUGUGGACUGCCCUAAAGUGAUGUUUUCUACAACUUGUGUGAUUCAGUUUAACAUACUUAUUAUUAAUUGUAUACUUUGCUGGGUGGAGGGGCCAGCAGGAUUUUGACAAAGGAUUGUGAUAGAGAAUAGUGAAAUGAAUGUGUGCUCUUUAUUAAAUCAUGUACAUUAAAGUCCCUAUGUACUGAAAUACUAGAUAAUAUCCAUGUCUUAUAACGAUAUAUAUAUUUUUUUGUUCCUAUAGGCAGAAUGCCCUCUAUGCCGAGAAGAUUUACAGACACAACAAUUAGUUUAUUUACAUCAUUUCCAUCCAACAUAAAAAAAAUCAAUUUUACAUGAAGUAUGUUAUACCUGACAGCAAAGCCUGAUUUUCCUUUCUCAGGGGAAAUCAGGCCCUGCUCUCAGGGUAAGUAUGUUAGGGUAGUCUCCUAACACUCAAUGUACAAUUGUAAAUUUCAAUGUUUUAAUUUAUAAUUAUUGUGAUGGUUUUAAUUUUCAAGAGAGUAAAAAGGUAAAUCCUACUUUCAAUAGCAUUUAAUUUUAAUAGUAUGUUAGGACAAAAAGCAUAUUUUGAGGACAGGAAAAUCUCUUGGUAUCCUGAUGGGCCACACCUAUGGUAAAGGUUUAUACUGUAUAUUUGACCUAACUAUGAUUCCUAUACAAAGGUUCCUGUCUAACUGCUGCCAACAGCACGAAUCACGCAUUUCACAGUAUAUGCAAAAGCUGCAAAGCCUACAAUUACAACUAAGUUAGCAAUAGUACUUCCAACAAGGCCUUCAUUCUCUUCAUGACCACUGGAUGUUGUGUUUGGGAUUGUUUGUUGAACUUCGUGUUCACCUCUUUCUUUAAGUUUUAUUUUGAUCUCCUUGCAAAUAUCA